AAUAAUGCUACAAUCAAACAAAGAUUAAUCUCAAACCAGUGUGGAGAAGGCAAAUGGAGAAGCCAAAGUUCAAGACUGUUCAAGAAGUGAUUGCAUCCGGUGAAGGACUACCGGAAAGAUAUCUCCACACACCCACCGGUGACAUCGAAAGUCAACCACUUGACGCUCCCGUGCCGGAGAUGGAUAUUCCGGCCAUCGAUCUCAUCCUUCUCCUGUCUCCUUCUGAUAACGGUCGACAAGAGUUGAGUAAGCUUCACUCUGCGCUCUCUACAUGGGGCGUUGUUCAGGUGAUGAAUCAUGGAAUGACGGAAGCGUUUCUUGAAAAAAUCUACGAGCUGACCAAGCAGUUCUUUGCCCUCCCGACCGAAGAGAAACAAAAGUACGCUAGAGAGAUUGGUAGUAUCCAAGGUUAUGGUAACGACAUGAUUCUGUCUGAUGAUCAAGUUCUUGAUUGGAUCGACCGUUUGUAUCUCACUACUUACCCUGAAGAUCAACGUAAACUUCACUUCUGGCCUGAGAUCCCAGCUGGUUUCAGGGAAACUUUACAUGAAUAUACAAUGAAGCAACAAGUGGUGAUUAAGCAGUUCUUUAAAGGCAUGGCAAGAUCGUUGGAACUAGAUGAGAAUUGUUUUCUAGACAUGUAUGGAGAAAACGCUAUGAUGGAUACAAGAUUUAACUUGUAUCCUCCAUGUCCAAGGCCAGACAAGGUUAUUGGUGUCAAACCACAUGCUGAUGGCUCUGCUUUCACUCUUCUCUUACCUGACAAAGAUGUGGAAGGGCUUCAGUUCUUGAAAGAUGGCAAGUGGUAUAAAGCUCCAAUCGUUCCUGAUACAAUUCUGAUCAAUGUUGGAGAUCAGAUAGAGAUAAUGAGCAAUGGGAUAUACAAGAGUCCGGUUCAUAGAGUGGUGACCAACAGGGAAAAGGAAAGGAUAUCUGUGGCAACGUUUUGUGUUCCUGGUGCGGACCAAGAGAUUCAUCCUGUAGAGGCGCUUGUGACUGAGACAAGACCAAGAUUGUAUAAGACGGUUAAGAAGUAUGUUGAGCUCUACUUUGAAUACUAUCAACAGGGUCGAAGACCAAUCGAAGCUGCUUUGAUCUGAUGAUACUUUUCAAGUCUUGUUCUUGGUUUUUCACAAAUGAAUCUGUUUCUUUCAUUGCUAGAUCACUAAAGAGAAUAAUACAGCUGCUUUGUUUUUUGAACUGUCAUUGAUUUGAAUGUGAGAGCAAUGUCAUUAGCUUGGCUGCAUUGUGUUGUGUUGCUAAUUUUGUGUUGUGUUGCAUUGUGUUGUGUUGUUCAAGGCUGGCUGCAUUGUGUUGUGUUGCUAAUUUUGAGAAUAUUAUGAGGUCUAAAGUGAGAUUUA